AUGAGUGUCACAGUCGUUCAGAAGUUCCAGGAUCGCGUCCGUCUGGCCACGAAUAAGCUCAGCAAAAGUCAUGCCGAAACAGAACAUCCUACCAUCUCAUCAUGGCUCCGGAUUGUCAAGCUGGUGCAAUUACAACAAAAGCAAUACCUGUCAAGAUCGGAAGGCACCUCCGCUCCACAGCGGGCUAAUGCUCAGCGUCCCUCGCAUGGACAACGGCAACCUUCAAACGAGGCGGCGAUCGAGGGUGAGAUUCCCGUGGUCGACUUCCAAAAGCGACAGCGGCGUUUAAUGAAGAAUUUCUGUAACAUCUGGUUACCUUUCUUCGAGGGUGAGUUGUAUCAAGCAUGGCGUGACGGUAGGCAGUGGACGCUAUGCUGUCACGGAGAGCUUGGCUGCGGCAAAUCGACGCUCGCCGCGGCUGUCGCUCAUGACCUCUCCACCUUUCACUCGAAAGGCGACGCAGCUGUCGUCGUGUUAUUUCUGGACGAGAAAGACGAAUGCAGCCGGAAAAUAUACCAGAUGGCUCCUGAAAUCGACCCAUUGUCCGCGCUGCGAUUGCACAUCUUGCAACAGUUGAUGGAAUUUCGCGAAGCCAGAAAAUCUGCUUCGAAUUCCGAGAUUGCUAUCGCCUUGAAGAAGCUCACGAUGCCGAGCUUUGUUGAUCGACUGUUGGAUUUUCUUAGUAUGGAAAUACAAAUCCUAUCCACGCAGGGAAUGACAAAACUAUAUUUCGUCGUGGACGGCCUCGACCGUUGUCCGCCCGAAGUAGAAUCGGCGUACUUGAGCGAAUUUGCCAGACUCGACGGUCUUAUUCUGAUCACCCGGGGUCAGCCAAUGAGUGAAACUAAUGUCAGAUCAUGUGACGUUGACGGAUGCGACUCAGAUGCGAUAUCAUUAUACUUCCGAUGUCAUCAAUGCGAAUCAGAUCCUCCCUUCGACCUCUGCGUCUCGUGUUACCAGGGCGGACACGUCUGUCCCAUGCAUGGAUCUUCGUUUCAGGAACCUUACCAGGAUCGGAGCUUUGCUCUGUGCGCUCUAGACGAUCACAUUGCCAUGUAUGUGCACAAAGAGAUUGAACGGGAAAUCCUCUCCACCACUUUCGGACAAGAUCUCCUGCGGAGCAAAGAUAUAUUGGAAUCAAUCGAAAAGACCAUUACUGAGCGCGCACAUGGUGUUCUUGUCAUUGCUCGUGUUUGGCUGGAUUAUCUCAUCAAGCAUCAGCAAGUAGAUGAGCUACUGAAUAAUCUUGCGCGCGUCGCUCUACCAGAACUUUCGUACUUCGCAAUGAUAAUACGCCAUGUUGAAAACCAAGCGGAGACGGAUCGUAAGCUGGCACUGCUGUCGCUCCAAAUCAUCACGAAGGCCCUUUGCGAAGCACAGCAGGAGGGCAUUACAUACAUGGAGCUUAUUGGAGCACUCAGGCUUCAAAAUUAUGACAUCGAGGAGCCGAUGCAUCUGCUACGUGUUUGCCAAGGUGCCAUUGUCGUUUCAGAUCUCGAUCAAUCACUCGUGCCUUUUCACCGGGACUUUGAGGUGUACCUUCAUGAGGAGUGGCUCAAAUCUCAACACCCGCUCGACAUGGCAGAAGUUUGUCUUCGCAGCAUCUGUAAAUAUUUAAUCCAGCUGCAUGAGAGCCAACAGAUUUACGACGAUGUCAAAGCAUUUCUCGAGGAAGACGAUUUCCUGACAUACGCGCUCCAGAACUGGGGUCAUCAUUUCGCGGCAUAUCAGACCGAGGCGGCUUCUGACCAGAUCAUGUCGUUGAUGAAUGACACAAGUGCGAUCGCUCGCUACACAUCCCUUCUAUGCCUGUCAAAGACCGAUGGCGGCGCCACGCUGAAUGCCUGGCCGGGAUGCCAACCAAUACAUCUUUGCGCCUUCUUCGGUCUUGUAGAUAUUCUUGACCGAUUAAGACGAGAGAACGAAGCUCUGAACAUUGAUGCCCGCGACGCGACCUUGGGAAGAACUGCACUGAUGAUAGCCUGUGAACGAGGUCAAGCAGCCAUAAUUCAACCGCUCUUGAAACUUGGAGCAGAUACAACAGUAGUCUACAGGCGAGGACGUUCUGCAAUCUCGAUAGCUAUCGAGCAUGGAUAUGACGGAAUCUUCGACCUCUUGCUUCCGGCCCAGAGGUGGAGCAAUCUUGGGCGGGAAGCUGAAAAUACAGAAACGUUCCGCAAAGCAUUGUGCAUCGCUUCGGAGCAACAAGACCCAUACUGUUUGCGCAAACUCUUACAGAGCCACGGCCGAAAACUUGAUCUUCAGCAGAGCACGCUGCCGAUAAAGUGUCUACUCUCUGGCAACCUAGCGAGUCUGCGGUGUUUGACGGAAAAUUCCGUGUUCGACUGGACAUUUCGAAACCAGGACGGAGAGACGGCCCUUCACGUGGCUGCGCGGAUCAAUAUUGAGAGUCUGCGCUUUGUGGUCGACUGUCUCGAGCAGCAUGGAUUACUCAGCGCUUCAGUGCAGCGACUGAGUUCAGCGGGUAAAACGCCUGCGCAACUGGCGCUGCAGCACCUCGGCAGAGAUGCACUUGAAGCUCUGAAAAUACUUUAUUGUGGUACCGCGCAGAUGAUCAUAGCCGACAAAGAUGGGCGCACGAUGUUCCAUCAUGCAGCCGCUUUUGACCUUUACGGACACUGCCUUGAGCUCCUUCAUGAUGAAGGGCUUCCGUUCGAUGGAGUCGACAAUAUCGGCUGGUCACCACUUCAUCUGGCUUGCUGUCGGCGAAACAGGGUGGCUGCAUUCAAAUUACUCGAAUUCGGCGCGCGCACGGAUAUCAAGGAUAACAAAGGAUGGACUGCGAUGGAUAUAGUCAGCUUAUACGAUCCAAAUGAUGCCACUGGCAUUGCGUCCAAAAUCGCUCAGUACAUGCCAUGCCAAAAGUCGGAGAAAUAUCCUUUCUGGGCGCAAUUCCGGAGCGGCGUGGACAUGGAUGCCCAGCAGCUUUCAUUGAUCUCACGAGAGGAUAUACGGGCUAUUGAGCCCAACAAUCAAAACAAUCUCUUGCAUUGGGCGGCAGCUACAAACAAUGAAGGAAAAUUAAGGCUUCUUCUAGAAGAUGGCCGAAUUGAUGUCAACAGUCAGAAUGCCGACCUCCAUACGCCUUUGACACUACACUGCAUAGGGUUCAAUGGCCCGGACCUUGAUAUUGUGAAGCUUCUGUUGAGGCACGGAUCCGACCACAACUUAUCAAAGAUUGCUGGGACAGAUUUUCUUGACCUGGCGAUGAAUUCGGGUUCCAUUGAUGUUGCAAUGUUGUUCAUUGAGCGGUGCGACGUGCUGGCAAGUACGAGCGUCAGUUUGCAACUUUUGUUGCAACACGCAAUCCAGGAAAACAACAUAAUUGUUGUGGAAAAGCUUCUGAAAGCCGGAGCGAGCGUGUUAGAACACGAUGAAUCCGGGUGCCUUCCGAUUCAACGGGCUCGUGAAAUACACGGGGCUGAUCUCAUGAUUGCAAUUUUGGAUCAACAUUUGCGCCUCAAGAUCGAGGAAAUGUGUCCAUUGACGCAGCCGCUAUUCGCCUCACCAGAUCUUAGAUCAGAGUCACCACCUCCUGAUGGAAAAGCUGACCAGCGAGAUCCGCACUCGAAUCGUCAGGAUUCAUAUGCUGAUUUCUGGACAAAUCGCUCCAAUCGCUAG